AUGGUGUUGAUCUCUAAAGCUUCUUGGAGCCCUGAUUAUGGUGAUGCAUUGUCCAAAACUAUAUUGUUCUUUGAAGGCCAGAGGUCAGGAAAACUACCACCUACUCAACGUAUGACUUGGCGUAAGGAUUCUGCUCUUCGUGAUGGCUUUCAAAUGAAUGUAGAUUUGGUAGGAGGAUACUACGACGCAGGUGACAAUGUUAAAUUCAACUUUCCAAUGGCAUUCACUACAACAAUGCUUGCUUGGAGUGUUGUCGAUUUCGGCCCUUUCUUGGGCUCGGAACUCCAACACACACAUGAAGCAAUCCAAUGGGCAACAGAUUACUUCUUAAAAUGCACCAACAUACCUGGGUUGGUGUUCGUGCAAGUGGGAGAUGGCUCCAAAGAUCACAAUUGUUGGGAAAGACCAGAAGACAUGGACACCCCUCGAACCUCGUUUGCUGUCAAUACAACCAACCCUGGAUCUGAAGUUUCUGCUGAGAUUGCUGCAGCAUUAGCUGCGUCUUCCAUCGUUUUUAGGUCUUUUAAUACUAUUUACGCUGCUCAUCUUCUCUCACGAGCUAGAGCGGUGUUCGAUUUUGCGAAUACAUACCAAGGCUCUUACAAUCACGCUUUUGGACAUUCAAUCUGUUAUUUUUACUGUGAUUAUAAUGGUUAUCAGGAUGAAUUGUUAUGGGCAGCAGCAUGGAUAUACAGGGCUUCAAGACAGUCAUACUAUUCAGAUUAUGUUCUAAAAAACCUGCACAAAUUAGAUCCACCUUAUAGUAAAGGUAGCAUGUUAGAGUUUGGAUGGGACUCUAAGCAUGCUGGCAUUAACAUACUUGUUUCCAAGGCAAGAAUUGCUGAUCAUCUUAAGCCUAAUCCAUUUAUGGUCAAUGCUGACAAAUUUAUAUGCUCCGUAUUGCCUGAUUCUCCAACCAAAUCCGUCUCAUAUAGCCCAGGAGGUCUUUUGUUCAAACCAGGUGGAAGUAACUUACAACACAGCAUUGGAUUUUCGUUUUUACUUUUGGUCUAUGCUCGUUAUACUACAAUAAUUAAUAAGACAAUCCAUUGUGGAGAUAUUGUUAUCAAGCCUUCAAGACUUGCCCAACUUGCAAAACAUCAGGUUGACUACAUACUUGGAGACAAUCCACUAAAUAUGUCAUACAUAGUAGGAUAUAGCAACAAAUAUCCUCAAAAAAUACAUCAUAGAGGUUCAUCUUUACCAUCCAUUGAUGCAUAUCCUAGUAAGCUUCAAUGUCAUGAAGGAAGUUUCUAUUUCUUCAGUAGCAAGCCAAACCCUAAUAUUUUAGAAGGUGCUGUUGUUGGAGGACCAGAUAUGAAUGACAAGUAUAAAGAUUCUCGAGCUGAUUUUCCUCAUUCUGAGCCAGCUACUUACAUUAAUGCACCUCUUGUAGGGCUAGUAGCUUUCUUUAAUUACACACGUUAAGGUUGUUUGGGCAUUAUUGUUUGAUGACGUGUUGGUAAUG